UAUCAUCAAGACACAGGCCACCAGCCACUCCCUCAAACCUGUCUCACCAACUCACAUCUAGAAGAAAAUUAGGGUCACCACCCCUUUUCUCUCUCUUUCCCUCCCUGUGUGUGAGAGUAAUAGUCAAAAGGCUAUAUAACCGCAUCUAAAGUUCUCUCAAAGGGCCGGCCUCAAUGUUCCAGCAACGCAAAAAACAAGGCCUCCAUUCCAUUUUCCACCACCACUAUUCUACUUCUUCUAAAUUCUAAACAUAUAAAUUUAUACUACUUACUGCUACUACUAUUAAAAAAAAUAACACAGCAACGUAGCUACUACUGCUAGUUUCCACAACUUGGAAAAGUUUCUAGUACUCAAAUGGGAAGGUCUCCUUGCUGUGAGAAAGCUCACACAAACAAAGGUGCAUGGACCAAGGAAGAGGAUGAUCGCCUCAUCGCUUACAUCCGAGCCCAUGGUGAAGGUUGCUGGCGCUCCCUCCCUAAAGCUGCGGGCCUUCUCCGUUGUGGCAAAAGUUGCAGACUUCGCUGGAUCAACUACUUGAGGCCUGACCUUAAACGUGGCAAUUUCACUGAAGAGGAAGAUGAGCUCAUAAUCAAGCUGCAUAGCCUUCUUGGUAACAAGUGGUCUCUUAUAGCUGGGAGAUUACCAGGAAGAACAGAUAAUGAGAUAAAGAAUUACUGGAACACACAUAUAAGAAGGAAGCUUUUGAACAGAGGUAUUGAUCCUGCGACGCACCGGCCACUCAAUGAGCCAGCUGCUCAAGAUGUAACAACAAUAUCUUUCAGUGGGGCUAAAGAAGAGAAAGAGAAGAUGAAUAACCCUAGUGGAUUUGCCAACAUAGAUGAGAAGAAAAACCCAGUUCAAGAAAGGUGUCCAGACUUGAAUUUGGACCUCAGAAUCAGCCCUCCUUACCAUCAAAGCCAGCCAGAGCCAUUGAGAACCGGAGGGAGGAACCUUUGUUUUGUUUGCAGUUUGGGAGUGAAAAACAGCAAAGACUGCACUUGCAGCAUCGCUACUGCUGGUAGCAGCAGUAGCAACAGCAACAGUGGAUAUGAUUUCUUAGGCUUGAAAACUGGCUUCUUGGAUUAUAGAAGUUUGGAAAUGAAAUAAGAGAUUGGAAUUUUUAAUUAUGUAGCUCUACAGAAAUGGAGAGAAAUGACAAGGAGAUUGUUAUUAGUUUAAAAUCCCCUCUAAUUUGCUCUUUAUCUCUAAUUUGUAUGAUUAUUAUAACUAUAUCUAGUAUUAGCAUCUAUAUAGUAAUAUUACAGGUGAUCAUUAUUGGUGAA